GUUGCUACAGUAACACUCUCCUUGUGAGCUAAGAUGGGUCGACCGCUAAUUUUCAAGUAAGGUUACGUAGCAACACUGUAAAAGUAUCAGAAUAAGGUGUUUAUAACUCCUCGAACCGUCUUAAAGGAGGCGGAAAGAUGAAGCGCGAUGUUCGGAUUCUCCUUUUGGGAGAACCCAAGGUGGGGAAGACUUCUCUCAUCAUGACCCUGGUGGGGGAGGAGUUUCCUGAACAGGUGCCGCUGCGUGCCGAAGAGAUCACCAUACCGGCGGACGUCACGCCGGAGAAGGUGCCAACGCACAUCGUGGACUACUCAGAAACCGAACAGACUGAUGAGGUGCUGAGGGACGAGAUUGUGAAGGCCAACGUGGUGUGUGUGGUGUAUGACGUCACGCAAGAAGAAACUAUCGACAAGAUCAGAACCAAGUGGAUUCCACUGGUGAAUGGGGAUGCAGAGAAGGGCAAAAAAGUUCCCAUCAUCCUGGUGGGCAACAAGUCAGACCUGCGCUCGGGCAGCUCCAUGGAGACCAUCCUGCCAAUCAUGAACCAGUUCUCGGAGAUCGAGACGUGUGUGGAGUGUUCAGCCAAGAACUUGAAGAACAUCUCUGAGCUGUUCUACUACGCCCAGAAAGCUGUACUACACCCCACUGCCCCCCUCUAUGACCCAGAGGACAAACAGCUGAAGCCCCUGUGCGUCCGCGCCCUGAGUCGGAUCUUCAGCAUCUCGGAUCAGGACAACGAUCGGCUCCUCAGCGACUCGGAGCUCAACACCUUCCAGAAAUCGUGUUUUGGGAAUCCCCUGGCCCCUCAGGCGUUGGAUGACGUGAAGACAGUGGUGUGGAAGAAUACCAGCGAUGGAGUACUGGACAACGGGCUCACACUCAACGGUUUCCUGUUCCUGAACACCCUCUUCAUCCAGAGAGGCAGGCACGAGACCACGUGGACCAUCCUCAGACGCUUCGGCUAUGACGACACACUGGAGCUCACAGACGACUACCUCUACCCACAGCUGAGGGUUCCGCUGGGCUGUUCGACGGAGCUGAACCACCUGGGUCAUCAGUUCCUACAGAGAGUCUUUGACAAGUACGAUGAGGACAGGGACUGUGCGUUGUCUCCGUCGGAGUUGAAGAACCUCUUCGCUGUGUUUCCCUACAUGCCCUGGGGCAACGAGGCCUACUCAUCUGUCACCACCGGCGACAACAACUACGUCUCGCUACAGGCAUUCAACUGCCAGUGGAUGCUUUGGGCGUACGUGGACGUGCAGCGGUGUAUGGAGUACCUGGGCUACCUGGGAUACCCCAUCCUCACAGAACAGGACUCCCUGACCACAGCCAUCACAGUGAGUCGAGAGAAGGCGCUGGACCUGGAGAAGGGCCAGACUCAGCGGGCCGUGUUCCUGUGCAAGGUGAUCGGGCCGCGCGGGACGGGCAAGACAAGCUUCCUACAAGCCUUCCUCGGACGCCACAACCUCACGAGACCUGACUGCUCCUCGGCUGCCUGCUCUCCCUACGCUGUCAACUCUGUGCAGGUCACCAACCAGGAGAAACACCUCAUCUUGUUUGAGGUGGACGUUGAAACGGAGUUCCUGAAGGCGUCUGAUGCUGGCUGUGACGUGGCCUGCCUUAUGUACGACACCACGGACCCCCAGUCAUUCAGCUACUGCGCCAGCAUAUACAAGCAACACUACAUGGACAGUGGUGUGCCGUGUGUGCUGGUGAGCAGUAAGGUGGACCAGCCGGAGGUGGCACAGCAGUACGGCAUGACGCCCGCCGAGUUCUGCUACAAGCACCGCCUGCCCCCACCCAUGCCCUUCUCUACCACGCACCCCGACACACGCAUCUACUCCAAGCUGGCAUGGGCAGCCAUGUACCCGGUGGACAGGUCCCGGUCAUGGUCUGUGGAAGCCGUGAGACAGCACCUGAAUGGUUCGGAGAUGAGCAGUACAUCGUUCUGGCUGCGCAUGGCUCUGGGCACGGCCAUGGUCACCGUGCUGGGUUUCGCCCUCUACAGAGCCCUCAACCGACCCAAAUAGCAACAGCACACUCCUCCGCUAGCUCUCUCUCUCUCCAUCAAGCUCACUCUAUCCAUCUUUAUCCUUCUUUCUCUCUCUCUCUCUUCCUUUCUAUCUUUUUUCUUUAUUUAUUUCUCUUCUCCCCCCCAUCUCUCUCUCUCUCUCUCUCUCUCUCUCUCUCUCUCUCUCUCUCUCUCUCUCCUGUUUCUUUCUUUCUCUGACUCAUUCUGGUCAAAUUCAGUGUGUCCACUCGUUCACUAUAGUGCAUUAUGUAUUGGACAAACCACAUCCUUAAGGUGCACCCUGUUGCCAAUAUUUCAGACCGUCACUGAAUCGAUAAAUAUUCGUUUGUCCGCAACAACAACAAACUGGAGACACGCUGUGUAGUCAAUAUUAAUUAACAUUUUGAAGUUGUAUAAUGACCUCCAUAGUGAAUGAGUGGACAGACUCUCUCUCUCUCUCUCUCUCUCUCUCUCUCUCUCUCUCUCUCUCUCUCUCUCUCUCUCUCUCUCUCUCUCUCUCUCUGCCUUACUGUGCUAAACUGAACAGAGGUGCUUACUUCGCUCACUGUAUAUGACAGAUGUCCAUGGGGCUACCAUUGGAAAGUUACCAUCUGCAUGGAUGAGGAUGGGACAAGGCAUUUUUCCUCAACCAGACUUGUGCACAGGGAUACACAAACGUACAGACGCAGAGAGAAGCAUGGGGCUGGUGGCCAGUGCCAGCGAAUGAAACUUUUGACCUCUGAACUGACCCUAAAAGAAAAGGAAGAAAAAAAAAACAAUCAAAAGAUCUCCCAGGCCUCCAGACCGGACAUUGCCUUUGCCAAAAAAAAAAAAUACACAAAAUGUAUUGACUGAUAACAUAUCCACAUUAUUAUCGAUAUCUUCCACUGGCAUAUGAGAUUCAAUAGAUGUGUGACUGUGUGUGUGUUUGAGAAAUACUGAGAGAGAGGGUGUUUGCAUAUAUGAAUGAAAUGGGUGUGUGUGUGAAGAAUAUGCUUUUCCUUAUCAUUUUUUUUUCCUUUUUGUUUUUUGCCUGCAUCAGCGAGAAUGGACAGUGACUGACUCUUAAUGCCAGUGUUUUAGUUGGGGACCUGGAUUUCAAUUUCACCCUACUACGGAAAAACAGAAGGGUCAAACUCUGAGGAGACCAAAUAAACAGCAAGACUGGA